UCCUCACUCCCAAUACUAAUAUAAAUAUUAAAAAAAGUAUUAUCCAUGUUUUAUUUUUUUUAAUUUAUUUUUUUUUCCUUUCUUAAUUUUUUUUUCAGCAUCGCGAUUCUUGCGAUCCCUCACUCUCUUUCUCUCCGUAUUGGAUUUCUUGGCGAUUAUCUCAAUCUAGGGUUAGGGUUUCAGUUUCGGUCUGGGCUUCGCUGUCCUUUCUUUGGAUUAAUUAAAGAGCUUGCCUAGAGAGUAUGGGAGGAGGCAAUGGAGCUGCAGAUGAGGUUAGCGAAUCCAACGGCGGUGGGGAUGAAGUCACCGUCAAUAUUAGAUGCUCUAAUGGAUCAAAAUUUUCUGUUGGGAUAAGCCUAUCCUCGACGGUUGAAGCGUUUAAGGCGGUACUUGCAGGGAAGUGCGAUGUGCCGGCCGAUCAACAGCGGCUGAUUUACAAGGGUCGGAUCUUGAAGGACGACCAGACCCUGCAUAGCUAUGGCUUGGAGGCAGAUCACACUGUCCACUUGGUUCGCGGUUUUGCACCAACUGCGGCGGCCAAUGCAGCUCCUGCUAGCAAUACUGGAGCUCCAAAUGCUGCUUCAGCUAACGCACAGGCUGUUGGUUCCAAUGAAGGAGGAGCACUUGGAGGAUCUGGUUUUGGAGCUUCACUAUUUCCAGGACUUGGUUUAAAUGGCUUGGGUGGCAGUGGUGGUAUGUUUGGAGCUGGACUUCCAGAGUUUGAACAGGUGCAGCAACAAUUGACUCGGAAUCCUAACAUCAUGAGGGAAAUCAUGAAUAUGCCCGUUAUUCAGAACCUAAUGAAUAACCCUGAGAUCAUGCGGAACUUGAUAAUGAACAACCCUCAAAUGCGUGAAAUCAUUGAUCGAAAUCCUGAGCUAGCUCAUAUACUCAAUGAUCCAAGCACUCUCCGUCAAACACUUGAAGCAGCAAGAAAUCCUGAACUCAUGCGUGAGAUGAUGCGCAACACCGACAGAGCAAUGAGUAACAUUGAAUCUUCACCUGAAGGAUUCAACAUGCUUAGGCGCAUGUAUGAAACUGUUCAGGAGCCUUUUUUGAAUGCAACAACUAUGGCUGGAAAUACUGGAGGUGAUAAUGCAAACCCAUUUGCUGCUCUUCUAGGGAACCAAGCUGCUGCUGGGUCAACUAAUCCAUCAACUACUAGUUCGCAGUCGACCACUGGUUCUCCUGCUCCAAAUACUAAUCCACUGCCCAACCCUUGGACGGCUGCUGGGACAGCUGGUGCCCAAACGAACACUACACGACCGAAUACUACUGGGGAUGCUCGGCCACCGGCACCUGCUGGACUAGGUGGACUUGGUCUUCCAGAGUUUGACAACAUGUUUGGUGCAAUGCCUGAUGCUAAUUUAAUGAGUCAGAUGUUGCAAAAUCCUGGCAUUUCACAAAUGAUGCAAAGCCUCCUUUCCAAUCCUCAGUAUAUGAACCAGAUUCUUGGAGCUAAUCCUCAAUUUCGCAGCAUGCUUGAUUCAAAUUCUCAGUUUAGAGAAAUGAUGCAAAACCCAGAAUUUCUCCGUCAAUUGACUUCUCCUGAGACAAUGCAGCAACUUUUGACUUUCCAGCAAGCCCUGCUGUCUCAGCUUGGUCGGCAGCAGUCAAACCAGGAACCGAGUCAGACUGGUGUAGGAACAGGAACACCUAACAACAUGGGGUUAGAGAUGUUGAUGAACAUGUUUGGUGGCCUUGGUGCUGGCAGCCUCACUGUUCCCAACAGACCCAAUGUGCCCCCAGAAGAGCUUUAUGCAACCCAGUUGUCACAACUGCAAGAAAUGGGUUUCUUCGACACGCAAGAGAACAUACGGGCGCUAAUUGCAACGGCAGGGAAUGUCCAUGCUGCAGUAGAGAGACUUUUGGGAAAUUCUGAUUGAAAAUGGAAGGAAAAGGGAAAGACUUGUUGAAAAGGUGCAAGGCAGCGUGUUUAUGUUCCAUCCUUACUUUUUGGGAUCAGUAUGGGAUUUGGGAGGAGCAAACCAACUUUCAGUUGCUGCCCUGCCUUAAGGUGGAUCCCUUGGUAUUUCCCUUCUCUUUGAUAAUUUGCCGUACCUUCAAGCAAUCAUCAGUGGUUGGAUGAGUUUUCAUUCAGCGAAUACAGCAAAUGUCGCACCUUUUUUUUUUUUUUCCUUUCCCCAAAGAUAAAAGGUUUCACAUUUGAUGGAGCCAUAAAAUGCUGAAAUCAGGAGUACAAAGAAAAGGCCCCUCGCCCAAACACAAAACCUCCAAGUUACGAAGUCCCAGUACUCUGCCGAGCCAGCCUCCAAUGAAAUGUCAUCCGAGAAAGAAAUUAAUAAAUACGGUUUUAUAUGUAUGUCUACAUUAUUAAAUUUUUGUAUUUUGUUAAAAUUAGCCUCUUUUUUUUUUUUUUAAAAAAAAGAAAAGCAUCAUGAAAAUGUCUAAAUAUUUUGUAAUACCAAAUUAUUUGAGUUUUAUUAAAUAAAGUUUGAAUA